GGCGACUAGGAAUCAACAGUACUCUGACACAGCUUUUGGCCGCAAUGCUUUAUUCUAUUAGUGUCAUUAGCUAUCUGCCCUCCAUUCACAGAUUUGUCACUAAUCCCACUGAAGAGAACCUCAAUGGAACAAGUCACUUUAAGAUACCUAGACGUAAGUGAAUUUUACAUGAGAAGAGAACUACCAAUACCUCUACACAAAAACUGUGCACAAAGUAACGUGACCUCCUGUCAAUUGCACAAUUCGUUAACAGUGAGUAAAGAAUGCAAGUGAAGAGGAGCAACUCAAAAUUGUCUCUACUUAGAUUUUGUGAAGAAAUCAUUGUCUAUCAGUGUGCGGUUGAACCAGAAGCUGGACUAGGAGAGUCAGAAUUCUUCUAUUCCUUAGCUAUUGCUUGUAUGUAUAUCGGAUCAGUCACAGGAGGAUUUUUAUCUGCUUUUCUUGUUAAGUUUGUCCCAUAUUGGUAUCUGUUCAUCCUUUUUCUUUCUGCUCAUGUACUUGGCUUUGUGCUGUAUGGCACGGCAAGUCAUGGGUGGGCACUGCUACCAGCAAUGUUUUUUGUUGGGCUAUUUGCAGGUGCUGAAGUUACAUUGGUUUUUAACUAUGCCACUGAUAUUAGUGUUAAGUAUGUGGAUCUGUUGAAAGAAAGAGGAAAAACGUUCAACUGUGACAAAACCAAAGUUGUCAAGAUCCGAAACUAUCUCUAUGCAAGUCAUUCCUUUGGGUAUAGCAUUGGGUUUAUUGUUGCCACAGGAGUAGCAGUUCUGCUGUCUCACUUACCUAUUGAACAGUAUCGAUCAAUUGCUUGGUUCAACAUGGCUUGUGGUGUAACUGUACUACUAUUGUUUAUGUUUUUCUUUCGCGGUGAAUCAAGUUGGGAAAAUGUCAGCAACAUCACUAAAAUGUGCCGGUGCAGUUGCCAGUGUAAAACUGAAAAAGAUAUCAAGUUUGGAUCACUUCAAAUAUUCAUUAUUGUUAGUCUACAUCUUCUCUCAUUUGUUGAGAUGAUGAAGUGGGCCUAUCUUGACGUUCUGCUGAAUCCAGUUCUCAGUGACUCAUUUGGCCUCUCUUUGGGAAUGUCUUCCUACUUCUACUUGGCAUUGGCAGUUCCUCGAAUCUUAGGAACGGUGUUGUUGGUUAUCCUACAGAGGAUCAAGUUCACUACCCAAACAGUUGCGUUCAUUGGUAUUCUAUUGUCACUGAUUGGCUACUUACUAAUAUCAGACUGGCAAACCAUUCCGUACGACCCCUGCACCAAAUACAGUCCAUUUCAUCAUCCAGAACUGUCACAGAAUGAUAGCUCACACCACACCCACAAUGAAACAGAAAUAAAAUGGAUGUUUGAUACACGACCUGUGAAUCGUGUUCCAUUUACUACUGAUUUAUCGUUCACAGUGCAUUCUGGUAUUAAUGGUAGUCACGAUAAGCUUCCUACGAAAACCUCUAGUCGCUUACAUUUAACUUGUCAAGUGAAUGCAGAUUGUUCCCUUGUUUGCGAAACACAACGAACCGAUCAACUAUGUUUAACGCUCAUCUACCCAAACAGUGACAAUCCAUUACUUCUUAAACCCACAGCCUACUCUUGCUCUAUACAACACAACACAUUAUGUAUCAACAUUUAUCAUCAAUCUAAAAGGAACUUACUUCUACAAUCGAACGCAAAUGUUCAACGUCUGAUGGUGCUACCAGCUGCUGUUUAUGACAAGGCAAGUAACUCGUGUAUGAAUUCUAUUGAUGGACAAUGUCACUGGAUACCAUUCUCAACAUUAACACACAAGAAGUGUAUUGACUGUCCCCCUAUUUGUAGAGGAAAGCAACAAACGCUUCUUUUUCCACUCUUUAUACUUGGAAUGGCUCUCCAGGUGAUGUCAAAUCCAUUAAUAUGGGUUCCCACAAUCGCCCUUGCUACCAAUCAGACCCCUAAGAGUAUGCAGGCAAUCAUUAUUGGUAGUAUUAACGCCAUCAAUGCUGUUGGACAGAGCAUUGGACCAAUAUUAGUGGAUGCACUAUAUGAAGGAGCACAGAAGAGAACAUUUAUUCCAUCUACUCUACUGGCCGUUUUACACAUUCCUUUCUUAAUUGGAAUUAUAAUUUUGUAUCAAAAGUUAGGACCUAAAAAAUAGCGUAGACUCUAAGAUGAAACAAAGUAUACAAGUAUCGAAUGAUACCAGUCAGUUUAAUUUGUGCAUUUCAGUGUUCACUGAUUUUGUUUAGCAGUUUCAUGGUCAAUUGUGAAUGGAA